ACGCGCAUGCCCACUGCAGGUCUGAGUGCCGCCGCAGCCGUGUUGCAGCUGGGUUGAAGCCGGGACUGAGCGAGCGAGGGGGGUAGCCCUCGUAGCGCGCGGGAGGAGGGGGCAGAAGGGGCGUUGGCAUGAGUUGACCUCCGGCCGCUCCCGCCAUGGCCCCCCGGCGGCCCCCGGAGCUCUACCGGGCCCCGUUCCCGCUCUACGCUCUGCGCGUGCACCGCGAGGCUGGCCUGGCGCUCAUCGCGGGCGGCGGCGGCGCGGCCAAGACGGGUAUCAAGAACGGCCUGCAUUUCUUGCAGCUGGACUGGAGAGGAGGGGAGCUGUCUGCCUCGCUGCUGCAUGCCCAUGACACUGAGACACGGGCCACCAUGACCAUGGCCCUGGCCGGGAACCUCAUUGCUGCCGGGCAGGAUGCAGCCUGCCACAUCCUCAGUUUCCGCCUGCAGAAAGCAGCGGCCGGGGGCGAUAGCUUUCCCGACAAAGCAGGUGGGGCUGACAAGGGCCCCCGGAGGCGCAAGGCUCCCGCCCCCGGUGGGGCAGGCGGUAACGGGGGCAGCACCCUCAGUGAGACGAGGGAGGUGGCGGUGGAGACCCUGCACUGCGUCCAGACGGACACUAGCCCAGAUGCCCUGCAGAAGGCCGUGUGCUUCAGUGAUGACCACACCCUCCUGGCCACUGGUGGGGUCGACGGCUUCUUGCGGGUCUGGGAGUUUCCCAGCAUGAAGAAAGCCCUCGAGUUUCAGGCCCACAAUGGGGAAAUUGAGGACAUAGCACUGAGUCCAGACAACAAGGUGGUGACUGUGGGAAGGGACUUCCAGUGCUGUGUGUGGCAGCGUGACCAGAUGGUGACAGGGCUGUGCUGGAAUGAGAACCUUCCGGGCAUCCCAGACAAGGCCUACCGCUACCGGGCCUGCAGGUUUGGGGCGGUGGAAGACCAAGCCAAGGCACUGCGACUGUACACGGUGCAGAUCCCCUACAAGCGAGAGCGCCGGCCACCCCCCUGCUACAUCACCAAGUGGGACGGACACAGCUUCCUGCCCUUGCUCACCCGGCCCUGCGGCAGCGAGGUCAUCUCCUGCCUCUCUGUCAGUGACACGGGCACGUUCCUGGGGCUGGGCACUGUCACAGGCUCUGUGGCCAUCUUUGUCGCCUUUUCUUUGCAGAGGCUGUACUAUGUGCGGGAGGCACACGGCAUUGUGGUCACGGCUGUGGCCUUCCUUCCAGAGAGCCCCGACCUGCUCAGGGACAACGAGGCGGCCCUGCUGAGUGUGGCUGUGGACAGCCGCUGCCGCUUGCACCGGAUCCCCUGCCGGCGGAGUUUCCCUGUGUGGCUGCUCCUGCUUGUGUGUGCUGGGCUGAUUGUGGGCACCGUCCUCCUGCUGCAGCUGGUCUUCCCAGGGUUCCUCUAAGCCUUCCUGGCUGUGCUCCGGGAGAGCCCGGGCCUUUGCUUUGCCCUUCCGGUACGGCGUUCGUCCGCCCCUUCCUCGGCCGACAGACCAUAGAAGGCCCCGGAGUCCAGGGCGAGGGCUACCCUGUUGGAGCCUGUGGGCAGGUGUCCUUGGCUGAGCCGAGUGCCCCAACUGGGCGGGGCGGCUCACACGGAUCAAGUCUUGGGUGCAGACUUUGUCCCGCGGGGGGGCGGGGGAGCUGCUCUCCUCCGUUUUUGACUGUUCUGUUGUUGAAACAUUCCAGCCUGGAGCAUACAAGGCCUGUUCCAGCCCCGGGGGCGGCGGGGGGGGCAAGCCUUUCCGCUACAAUUAAACAGGAUGAUGGAGCAAAAUCUCUCUUCCUGGCCUGCCUUGUCUGUCACCUCCUGGCUGGGGCAGGGCUGGUGGGUGCUGCCCCAGAACAGCUGUUGGCGGCAGACUCAAGAUGGUGACAGUCCUUGCUGGGCUUGGGAAGUUGGAGCUGAGCUGCUACUUUUUUCUCUGUAUGAGACUGGGCAGAUUUGGAUAAAUGCUCAUUUCACGCUAAUCAUGUCUAGGAUCCCCUAAACAUGGUGCCUGAACAUGGGGGCACAAGGCAGAGCGGGGUGGUGGUGGGUGGUGCUUGGGCCUUUUACGUCUCGCAGCAUCGAGCUCCAGAAGGGCUGAUCGUGAGAUGACAUGAUUUAGCAGCUACAGAAUCCUCCAAAAUGCCAGCUGCCCUCCUUCCUCUCACCCACCUCCUGUCAUUCAGUGGCGUCUCUUUUCUGGGUCACUGUAAACUCCCCUCUUGCUCCUGUUAACGGGCUCAGUUACUCUGUGACACGCCAAGCAUGUGAAGAAUCGCCCGGCUGCUUGGCUCAUUCAGCUGCCAAGGGCCUCUCCGGGCACGGCAUGUUUGUUGCCAGCGGACGGGCUUCGGUUGUAGCCAGAUCGGUGUCCUGAAAUGAGCACUGGGCCAGAUCAUGGCUCCGCUUUAUUUUUUAGCAGUGUUGUCAUGUCAGCAACAUUUCUGCCCAGUGGCUUCCGUUCCCUGCUCUUGGUCAGUUGGGGACGCAGGGCUGGAGCAAGGCUUGACCUGGUUCACAGGUAGGGCAGGAGGUUGUUCCCCCUCACCCCUUGAGUCACAACAGGCUGGAGGGAGGUGGGGCUCAGAGCAGCUUCUCUCAUUGUAGAAGAACAAGCCCCACUCCCAGUGCUGCCCUCAGCAUGGCCAUCAUCACCUUGUGGGACGUUGGGAUGCCCCCCUCCCUUUGUGUCAUGCAUGCAGCAGAGGCAAAACCAGUUCACUUUCUGUGCCCCCCCUUUGCCACUGAGAGCCCCAUAUAUGUGACCAGAAGUUUCCUCUGUAGUGGGGAGGGGGGACCGGCCUCUGGUUUGCUCUGUUCAUUUCCCACCCACCUUGCUCUAGACAAGUAAAUUAUGAUUUCACCCUCAUGUUAAUUGCUGAGAAAAAAGGGGCAAAGAUUGGUUUUUCAGAAGGCCAAAAUGGAAGGGAAAGCAGUCUUCUGCAGAGUGUCUAACACCUUCAUGGCUGCAGAAGAGUCCCUGGACAGGCCAAGUCCCAGAGGAGGAUGCCAUCCACACAAGCCUCCACCCGCUGUCCCAACAUGCAGCCCUGGUUAUGUGGCAUUGAGGGUGGCAUUCAACACAGCACUAAGCAGAUUGUUUAUCAAUGCAAGGAUUUCUCCUUGUGCAACGGAGAAAUUCCCCCUCUCCACCCCUAAAUCUGUGCUGGGGGUUCCCAUGACCCUCCAGAGAACAUGGGGGGGGGGGAAGAGUCCAGUUGUGCUACUUGCAUUCAUUCUGCUAGUGCAAGAAUUUAGCCGAGGGUUUUAAGUAAAUGUGCCUGUUUUCAUAGAAGCGUAGAAUAGUAGAGUUGGAAGGGGCCUAUAAGGCCAUCAAGUCCAAUCCCCUGCUCAAUGCAGGAAUCCAAAUCAAAGCAUUCCCGACAGAUGGCUGUCCAGCUGCCUCUUGAAUGCAUCCAGUGUCAGAGAACCCACUACCUCUCUAGGUCAUUGGUUCCAUUGUCAUAUGGCACUAACAGAAAGUUUUUCCUGAUGUCCAGUCGAAAUCUGGCUUCCUGCAACUUGAGCCCAUUAUUUCAUGUCCUGCAUUCUGCAACAAUCGAGAAGAGAUCCCGGCCCUCCUCUAUGUGACAACCUUUCAUGUACUUGAAGAGUGCUAUCAUAUCUCCCUCAGUCUUCUCUUCUCCAGGCUAAACAUGCCCAGUUCUUUCAGUCUCUCCUCAUAGGGCUUUGUUUCCAGUCCCCGGAUCAUCCUCGUUGCCCUCCUCUGAACCUGUUCCAGUUUGUCUGCAUCCUUCUUGAAGUGCGGAGACCAGAACUGGACGCAGCACUCAAGAUGAGGCCUAACCAGUGCUGAAUAGAGGGGAACUAAUACUUCACUCAUUUUGUGAGAGUGUGUGUGAUUUUACAGGGAAAUAGCAGCACUCGAGAUGCCAGCUGUUUUUCUCCUUUAGGAAACCCGCCUUUUACCAACUCCAUACAUCCAGUCUGUGUUGGGGACUCUUGGGGCUACAGGCCAGACCUGGCCCUCUGAGCUGUUUUGGGGAAGCCACACCCAGCAUUGCCAUACACGAUGUCAGGUGUGAGGCACAUCAGGGCAGGGCUCCAGAGGAGCCAGCAGGAGCUUAAAGUGGGCUCCAACUGCCCAUUAGCUGUCAAGGAAAGUGCUUCCCACUCAACAAAAACCAGCUCUUCCUCCCAGUGCAGCUCCUUUUUGCUUCCACCUUAAAAGGUGGAAAAGAACCGUGUGGGGAUGCUUGCAAGCCCUUUUAACCUCACCUGUCAAUCAUAUACUGUCAAAAUGAUAUCAGAGAAUCGUAGAGUUAGAAGGGGCCUAUAAGGCCAUCAAGUCCAACCCCCUGCUCAAUGCAGGAAUCCAAAUCAAAGCAUUCCUGACAGAUGGCUGUCCAGCUGCCUCUUGAAUGCAUUCUGGGUUGGAGAGCCCACUACCUCUCUAGGUCAUUGGUUCCAUUGUCGUAUGGCUCUAACAGUUAGGACAUUUUUCCUGAUGUCCAGUUGAAAUCUGACUUCCUGCAACUUGGGCCCAUUAUUCUGUGUCCUGUACUCUGGGAUGAUUGAGGAGAGAUUCUGGCCCUCCUUUGGUGACCACCUUUCAAGCACUUGAAUAGUGCUAUCAUAUCUCCCCUCAGUCUUCCCUUCUCAAGACUAAACAUGCCCAGUUCUUACAGGGUUUUCUUUCUGGUCCUCUGAUCAUCCUCACUGCCCUCCUCUGAGCCCAUUCCAGUUUGUCUGCAUCUUUUUUAAAGUGUGUCCCAAACAGAGCUAGGUAUCCCCCAUCUUAUAACUGUGCAUUUGGUCUCUUUUUUCCUAAAUGUAGAACUUUGCAGAUAUGCCUGUUAAAUUUCAUUCUGUUGUUUUCAGCCCAAUGCUCCAGCCUAUCGAGAUCACUUUGAAUUUUGUUACUCUCUUCCAGGGAAUUAGCUAUCCCUCCCAAUUUUGAAUCAUUUGCACAUUUGAUAAGCAUUCCCUGCACCUCCUCAUCCAAGUCAUUAAUAAAAAUGUUGAAAAGCA